AUGGCAGGCUCAGGGAUUUCAGCUCUGAGCCUCCUCCUGCUCAUGCAGGGCUCAGUGGAUGGGAAUGGAAUCCAGGGAUUCUUCUACCCAUGGAGUUGUGAGGGAGAUGUGUGGGACCGGGAGAGCUGUGGGGGCCAGGCGGCAAUUGAGAACCCCAACCUCUGCCUGCGUCUCCGUUGCUGCUACCGGGAUGGAGUCUGCUACCACCAGCGGCCCGAUGAGACGAUGCGUCGGAAGCACAUGUGGGCGCUGGGCUGGACGUGCGGCGGGCUGCUGCUCCUCAUCUCCACCAUCUGCUUGUUCUGGUGGGCCAAGCGCCGGGACAUGCUGCACCUCCCCGGUUUCCUGAAGGGUCAGUGCAACUUGUCGAGGACUGUCUCGCUGCUGUCCAAGGAGAAGAUGUCCUUAGCAGAGAAGAAGACGCCCUCCGUAGGCAGUGUGCCCAUGUCCCAGCCCGCAGAGAGUGUCCUGGACACCUCAGCAGCCACUGAGGGGGAAGGGGAGACAGAAGGGGGUGAAGAGGAAGGGGGGACAGAGGAAGACUAG